AUGAUAAUAAGAAGAAGAGGGCAGCACCUAAUGUGUUCCGUAGUAUUUGUUGUACUGCUAAAUGUGAUCAUAAAUGUAAGAGCAACCAAAGCACCGGCGCCAGAACCUAUAAUACCCACAAACACGGUGACUCCAACGGGAAUCUUCAAUGUAAUACCCCAAACUUUUGACAACGGCCAUUACGCCUACGAUGAUAUCGACGACUAUGUUCCGUUUAACAGUGACGCUCAUGACCAAUUUUCAUGGGAACUCUUAAGAUAUGUAUUGGAGGAGGAGAAAUCGAACGUGAUUAUAUCGCCUUUCUCAGUAAAGCUGCUUUUGGCCCUACUGGCCGAAGCUGCGGGCAACAACACUCAAACACAAAAUGAAUUAGUGAAAACACUCGACGUGAUUAAAUCACCUGACAACCUACGUGGUUUUUACAAAAAGAUAUUGACAUCGUUGAAAAAGGAAAAUCCAUACCACACACUAAAUUUAGAAACGCGAAUGUUUACAGAUGAGUUCGUUGAACCAAAACAGCGAUACGCAGCAAUGUUGGCAACAUUCUAUGGUACAGAAAUCAAACGGCUAAAUUUCAUGGAUACCCAAGGGUCGGCAGACCACAUAAACGGCUGGUGUAAAAACGUUACAAAUGGACGUUUGCAAAGCCUUGUUACCAAGGACACCAUACAGAACAGUGUUAUGAUUUUGGCAAAUGCCAUUUACUUCAAUGGUUUGUGGCGCAGACAAUUUAACGAAUCAUUUGAUGGCGUCUUCUUCAAAACACCCGAUGUACAGAGCAAAGUUCAAUAUAUGGAACAAACAGAAUAUUUUUAUUAUUAUGACCACAGCUCGCUUGAUGCGAAGAUUUUGCGAUUGCCAUACAAAGGCAAGAAAUUUUCCAUGUUCAUUUUGCUACCGAAGACAAAUGGCGGUGUAGAGGAAUUAACGAAAAUACUGCAAAACGAUCAGGUCAAGCGCAUGCAAUUCUUAAUGGAGGAAACCAAAAUUAAAGUAACACUGCCAAAAUUUAAAUUCGAAUUCGAUAAAAACCUCAAGAGUACACUUUCUGCAUUGGGAAUUCGAGAUAUCUUCACGGAUGAAGCCUCGCUUCCUGGCCUCGACAGGGGUGCUAAUGUUGCCGGCAAAUUGAAAGUUUCGAACAUUUUGCAAAAAGCUGGAAUAGAUGUCAAUGAAAAGGGCACAGAGGCGUAUGCCACAACUGUUAUUGAGAUCAGCAAUAAAUUUGGUGGUGAUAGCACCAUAGAAGAAUUCAAUGUCAACCGUCCUUUCAUAUUUUUCAUAGAAGAAGAGGCCACUGGCAGCAUUAUAUUUGCUGGCAAAGUGUUGGAACCAACAGUUUGA